AUGGGUAUACAAUUAGGCAUCAAUGUAGGCACAGCCAUUGUUGUCAUGAUUGGCUUUAGUUUGCUGAGGCCAAGACACACAUUGGUGUAUGCGCCAAAGUCAAAAUUUGCCACCAAAGAACAUCAACCUCCAGCAAUAGAGUCCAAUGGCUGGCUAUCUUGGGUAAAACCAAUUCUACGGAUCAAAGACGAACAACUACUCCCCUUGAUUGGCUGUGAUGCCCUACUGUACAUUCGAUUUGUGCGCCUAUUGCGGAAACUCUUGUUCUACAUGAGCAUCCUCGGUAUUGGUGCCUUGAUCCCCAUCUACAUUGUAGCCACCAAAGCAACAGGCGACUGGCCUCCAGCACCUGGCAGUAUUGAGAUCUUAUCACUCGCCGGCAUCAACCUUCAAAAUGGCAAAACCAGAACAGACGGUGCAGACACAACAUGGUACUGGGCUCCCUUCUCUGCUACAUACCUAUUCAGCAUCCUGAUCGCCUAUUUCAUGUACCGUGCUUCCUGCGAUUACAUUGAAAUGCGACAAUAUUACUUUCGACUCCCUCAAAACGAAGCCUCCAUGAAAUCCUUGAUGGUCAGCCGUGUGCCUGUAGAUAUGCAAUCGGAUGACAAACUCAAGCAAUGGGUGUCUCGUGAACGCAUCCCGUACCCCAUUUCGGAAGCUAUGAUUGGCCACCACAGCAAAAAACUGACAGAUUUGUUUGAAGAGCAUCAACUGGCCGUGCACAACUUGGAGACCACAUUAGCCGCUUAUUUGAGCGACGGAAAGCACCAGAAGAAAUCAAGGCCCACUGUCCGCUUGGGCGGUUUCUUGUGCUGUGGAGGCAGAAAAGUAGACGCUAUCGAGCACUACACACAGAAGGUGGCUGAUUUAGACAAGGAGAUCAAGCAGCUACGCAAAAGCAAGACGACUAAAACGGCCCAUUACGGCUGGAUCUCCUUUGACAGUGUUCAUGUUGCUCAUGCAACGGAACGAGCACUCGCUAAAAAGUUUGAUAUUCGACUAUCGCCGACACCCACAGAUUUGGUGUGGCCCAAUUUACCACUGGACCACAAAACCCGUCAAGCGAAGCGAUGGAUGGGACGCAUUGUCUACUGGGUGUUUGUGUUUGCCUGGAUGAUCCCUAUGACUGCACUCUCGGCCACCUCCAACAUAAUCAACCUGAUACGUCUGAUACCCAACAGUGCAGCCUUUAUUGACUCGCACCAAGUCUUGAUGGGUGUCAUUCAGGCCUAUUUUACUCCCAUUGUCAUGGCCGUCUUCUUUUACUUGCUGCCGCUGUUUUUCCGUUUCCUGUCGCAACAACAAGGUUACUGGACACAAACCACGCUGGACCGCAAAGUACUGACAAAGCUCUACGUAUUUUUCAUCAUCAACAAUCUGCUGGUUUUUACAUUGACGUCCAUGUUUAUCGGUAUCUAUGGCCAGAUCCGAGCACUGGUCGCAUCCGGCUCUUUACCCGCUUCGGAUGAAAGCAUCACAGAGUACGUCAUGCAAAUUGCAAAGAACAUUGCUGAGGUGUCUACAUUUUGGAUCAACUUUGUGUGUCUCAAGUCAUUGACAUUGACCAUGGACUUGGCCAUGUUGGUGCCGUUAUUGACCAUCACCAUUCGCAAGUUUAUCACACGUCCUAGUCCUCGUGAACUGCGUGAACUGGCAAAGCCUCCCGAGUUUAACUACCCUCAAAACUACAACCUGCUGCUGUUCUUUUUUACCAUUGCCCUGGUCUACUCGGCUAUGAGUCCCUUGAUAUUGCCGUUUGCGUUAGUCUACUUUGCGGUGGCUAGCAUGGUAUACAAGUACAUGCUCAUGUACGUCUACGUAACCAAGAUGGAGAGUGGCGGUAAGAUUUGGCCUGUCUUGUUUCAGACGGUCAUGACAUCGGUUAUCUUUUUUCAGGUGACCAUGAUCAUCAUGAUGGUUCUCAAGGGCGGUUUGUUGCAGGCGUAUUGCCUGAUCCCUCUGCCUGUGCUGACAUUGAUGUACCAGUACUUUUAUUACCGUCGAAUGCAUGUGCUAGGCACUUAUCUCUCUGGCUCGGAGCCCAGCUAUGUCUUGCAAGACGAUGAAAGCGCCCUUAGCACCGGUAAGAAACAUAAGCAGCAGACCUUGCAUAGCCAGUUUCAAGAUCCUGCCUACCGCAACAAACUAGCCACUCCCACAGUGCACGACGAUGUCAAGCACUUGUUGCAAAAAGUGUACAAGGCGCCUGAAAAACCUAUCAAUAACACCAUGGAGAUGGCUCAGCUGUUUGGCAAGACAGUGAUGCAAGACAUUGACUUGGACGCCAACAAGGGCUUCAAUCAUCAUCACAAGCGCAUGACCAUCUAUGACCAAGGAUGCCCUGUGGAAUUUGAAACAGUCCAGGAGGAUGGCAUCUUGGAUCAAGAUAGUAGUAGCAGCGAUGAAGAUCAAGACGAAGAGCAAGAGGAGCGACAACAACACCAACACCAACAACCCCAAGAUCCCCAUACGGACGACAAGCUCUCUCGCUAUACGACGUAUACAUCCUCGUUUGGUGGAAAUCAGUCUGAAGAUGCACCCUUACUAUCAAAUCCACCACCACCACCUGUGCCUUCAUUCCAUAUGCUGAUGCCUCGACAAUUGCAAAAUGAACGCAAUGUCACUUCUGAAUACAUUGAAAUGUACUCUUCAUUCACUCCCAACGCAAGCCAAGCGCAACUGGCUUACCCACAGGAUGAAAAGACUGAGGUGGAGGAGGAAAAAGAUAACAUUCGAUUCAUGUCAUUAGACGAAUUUGGUGUGCCACAUCAAGAAGAGCAACAUGCCUCUGACGCAGCAACCACACACACGACACAGCACAUCAUACGACGGCACACGGCUCCAUUGCUAGCGGAUGUAGACGACAAGGACGCACUGACAAACGAACCCAUGGCGCGUCAUCAUUCACUUCCUGUAGCGUUUUAUCAAGCGCAUUUGUCUCAACGCUUUGAUGUAGACACUUCAGAUGAAGAAGAUCAAGUGCCACAAAUAGCGAUUGAAGUUCGACGUCAAUUGAGCGUGCCUGUAGCAAGAACAAGACAAGAAACAGCAAUGCAACGUAGUCGUACAAUGCCAUCGAGAAGACAACAGCAGCAAGUAGCUUUACCUAACAAUAACCCUUUUGAAGAUGCUUAUACCACAGCAAGUCCUGAAAAUGAGGAGCAGACAUUCUUUUGA